CGUUCCUCGCCUCUGCCCCCCCGACACCACCGCGCAUCCGACCCUCGCGGCGCCGGCACCAUGUCGAGCUCCUUUGAAAAGUCCGUCAAGGGCGCGACCAAGAUCAAGGUGAGACGCCAUUGACGCCGUCCCUGUCCCUGGAGCCGCACCCGCCGCUGACCCGACCCGACCUGCCCUGCCCGCCCGCCCGCAGAAUGCGCCGCCCAAGACAAAGUACAUUGAGCACAUUCUCGUAGCCACGCACUCGGGCGAUGCCGGCGUCAGCGAGGUCUUUCGCGCCCUGCAGCACAGGCUGCGCGAUACCACGUGGACCGUCGUGCUCAAGAGCCUCAUCACCGUCCACCUCAUGAUCCGCGAGGGGUCCCCGGACGUGACGCUGGCCUUCCUGGCCAAGCACCGCAACAUGCUCUCGCUGGACCACCUGUCCGAUGCGCAAACGCAGGGCCGCAACAUCCGCCACUACGCCGCCUACCUCUCGGAGCGCGCCCGCUCGUACCGCGACACCCACACCGACUGGGUGCGCGCCUCCGAGUCUCGGCUCGAAAAGGUGACGGUCGACAAGGGCCUCCUCCGGGAGACGGAGAGCGUCCAGCGGCAGCUCGCCGCCCUCGUCAAGUGCAACGUGCUCGAGACGGAGCCCGAAAACGAAAUUACAAUUGCCGUGUUCCGGCUCCUGGUCAUGGACCUGCUGUCUCUGUUCCAGGUGCUCAACCAGGGACUCAUCAACAUACUGGGUACGGCCGUCGCUCGUGCCCGGCGACCCAAUCGCUGACCAGACCGCAGGCCACUUCUUCGAGAUGUCCCAGACGGAUGCGGAGAGGGCUAUGGAAAUCUACCGCACCUUUACGAGACAGACGGAUGCCGUGGUCCAGUACCUCAGCGUCGCUCGCCUGCAUGAGCACCACACGCGCGUCGAGGUGCCCAAGCUCAAGCACGCCCCGGUCAAUCUAGGCCGCCAGCUGGAGGACUAUCUCAAGGACCCCGACUUCGAGAUCCACCGGCGCCAGUACCUCGCCGAGCAGGACGCCAAGAAGAAGGGGUUCAAGACGAGCAAGCCCAACAAGCCCACGACGGCCCAAGACUUCCCCGAGCCCUCGCCAGCGUCCAACAACCCGUUCCCGACUGCCGCCGACAAACCGGCGUCCAAGCCGCAGGCGAACAAGGGGCCCGACCCGGACCUGAUUGACUUUUUCGAUUCGAUAGAGCAGAACCAGACGCCGAUGCAGGUCCACCCGCAGCCGACGCAGGCGGCACAACCAGCCAUGCCGUUCGGCAACGGCUUCGCGCAGGCGCCGCAGCAGGUCACGCAGCAGACGGGCUUUGUCGAUCCGUGGCAGCAGACGUUUGCGCCGCAGCAGAUGCAGCCCCAGCAGCAAGCGCAACCUCCGCAGCAGUUCCAGCUCCAGCCCAGUUUUACCGGCGCGGGCUUUGGCGGCUUCACUCCGCAGCCCCAGGGAUUCCAGCCCGGCGCCCUGGGGCCCAUUCCGCAGAAUACGAUGGCGGACUUUGGGGGCUUUCAGCGGCAGCAGCAGCCGCCGCAGCAACAGCUGCAGCAACAGCAACAGCAGAUGCCGAUGAUGAGUCAGCCGACCGGCCUGCAGCCGAUGCAGACGGGGACGAACCCGUUCCGUCAGUCGAUGCUCGCCCAGCAGGCGGGCAGUCCCUUCGGCUCACCCGCCGGCACGCCGACGCUCAACCGCCAGUCCACCAACCCGUUUGCGCGGUCGUCGCCCCAGAACAGCUCCUCGCCCUUCCAGCCUCAGCCGGCGCCCCUGCAGCCGGCGCCGACGGGGACGAACCCCUUUGCGCGGACCCUGCCAUCCCCGGAUCAGCAGGGCCUGCAGCAGGGCCUGCAACAGGGCUUGCAGCAGCAGCAGCAGCAGCAGCAGCUUGCGCCGCAGCCGACGGGCACCACCAACCCAUUCCGCCACGGCGCGUUUGUAAACCACGCGACCGGCCUCGGGUGGCAGCACAACCAGGCGCCCAUCGGGGGUGGCCUCGACCACUUGGCGACGACGCCCGUGUUUCCACGGCCAGCGCAGCAGACGCCAUGGCAGCAGUAGCGGGCCGCUGCCCCCCCAGUGUAUGUGUUUGGAUCGCAUUCAGCGAGGCGUUGGGACAGAUUGUAUGUUACGCGAGCCGAUGAGCAGCCUUUUUUUCUUAGACAGUAGCUAUGCGG